CUAAGACAUUAAAAACAAUUCUUUUGUACUGCAGGGAUAAGAAAUGGCAAUGAGCUAUACCAGAUCAUUGAAAUACAUAAUCCCCAAGGAGGCAGUUGGAAUGAUGAGCCGUAGAACAUUUGCGGCUGGUGGUGGAAAAGCAAAGAAGGGCUCGAAAGGAGGUGCGGCUGGUGAUGCUCCAAAGGCUUCCAUACUCAGCAAAGAGGUCAAAUCCUCCACAGUUGUUGGUGCCAAUACACUCAAGGAUGGGGCAGACCCCAAGAUCAUGGCAGACUCUGAAUACCCUGAUUGGUUGUGGCACCUCUUAGAUAAGAAGCCUGCACUGAGUGAACUAAGGAGGAAGAAUGUGGAAACUCUUCCAUAUGAAGAACUCAAGCGUUUUGUUAAGCUGGAUAACCGUGCCCGGAUCAAAGACAAUAACUCUCUCAAAGCCAAGAACUGAACUGAUGAAUUCUUUAUUUUUCUUGCUUUGAUCAUCCCUGUUCUUGAGUGGAAUUCCCCUGUUUUAUGUGUUCACCUAUUUUACUUAUGAGUCCAUUAGUCAACUGAAAGUGUACU